AUGCUUCCCCUGGUUGACGACACCGUGUUGCAAAACAACCCAGAUUUUGCAGCUCUCUACUCGAAGCUGACAACUUCUAUCCUUAACGCGGAUGGAUCAACCAAAAACCACCCCGCGGCCAAGGAGCGCAGCAGGGUCACCGAGGAGUUGAACGAAUAUCGCCUCAAGGCUGCCAAAGAGCAUCUCCUCGCAGACGCAAUAUCCGACGCAAACCCACACCUUCUGCAAACCAAGCAUGCGCCAGCACCGUCCCUGACCAGGAGGCCACGGCCACAACAACCAGCGACGACCCCGAUCGCCGAUCUACCAUCACCACUGCUCGACCUCCUCGUCCUCCUUCCACCGCUCCUCACAGCAUCCACCGACCUACCGCCAGAGUCCACCGCCCUCCUCCUCUCCAGUCCUCCCAUCUCCGACUUCCCAACCCACCUCCCGCAACUCGCAUCCCUCGUCUCGACAACCCUCCACUCCUCCGCCGUCCACCUCGCACGCAUAGCCAACCCAUCCACGAAUCCCUCCUACAUUCACCGCACCAUCCCUUCCCUCCCAACCAUCGCCGCCUCGCUCGCGCGCACAAUCUCCUCCCACAAAACCUCCCUCACCCUAGCCCGCCUCACCACGCUAACGACCCUCACCGCCCUCCUCCAAUCCCAAACAUCCGUCCUCUCCCAGCUCCUGCGCGCCCUAGAAGCCAAGCACGGCCCCGUGGCGCGCUCGCUCGAGCUGCGCGCGACCGAGUCCUCGCUCACGGCCCAGACGCAGGAGGCCGAGGCGCAGUGCGCGCUGUGGCGUGCGCGCAGGGAGACAUACACGCCCGAGGCGGCACGGGCGCUAGCGAAUUAUGCGGCCCACCUGCAGGACGCGAGGGCAAGGUUGAGCGAGGCGGUGAACUCGCUCCGGGCCGAGCUGCAGGCGUAUGGGGUUAGUGUUGGUGUUGGUGUUGCCGGGGAUGAUGGGGGGGAAAUGGUGGUGGUGGAAAGCGGGAAGGGCGGUUACGGUGGCGGUGACAAGGAGAAGGUCAUGAGGGAGAUGGCAAGGGUGUACCGGGAUAUGGGACGGCAGGUGGAGGAGGUGAGGGCCGAUUUGGAGAGAAGCUCGGCCGUCUGUUGA